AUGAGAUUAUUCGACCCGCUAGGAUUUAUUUCCCAUUAUACCAUCCACGGAAAAGUUAUUAUGCAGGUAAUCUGGAGAAGUGGUGCUAACUGGGACGAUCCUAUCCCCGAACAUCUGCUAGAUAUGUGGUACCGUUGGUUGGAACUGCUAACACACAUCAAUGAAGUACGGGUGCCACGGUGCUACUUCGGCGAUAUGCCAUCCAAUGCCCUAAAAGAACUUCAGGUGCAUAUGUUCGUGGAUGCAAGCGAAUCCGCCUAUGCCUGUGCCGCCUAUGUCGUAUUAGAUUGUAUCGGAGGGCGACGAUGCACGUUAAUAGCUUCCAAAACUAAAGUGUCGCCACUUAAGCCACUCUCAAUCCCUCGAUUGGAACUGCAAGCGGCUAUGAUGGGAACCCGCCUUAUGCAAUCCAUCUGCUCAUCAAUGACGCUCCCGAUAGACAAGAGAUUCUUUUGGACGGAUUCGAGCACUGUGCUGGCCUGGCUUCGUUCAGAUAGCCGAAAAUAUCAUCAAUUUGUCGGAUUUCGCGUUGGAGAAAUACUCUCGUCUAGUAACAUCGAUGAAUGGAGGUAUGUACCCACCUGUCUAAAUGUCGCUGAUGAGGCCACGAAAUGGAAUUCUGGGCCAACAUUCCACGCCGGCAAUCGCUGGUUCUCCGGGCCGGAGUUCUUGUUGAAAAAUGAGAAGGACUGGCCUACUGAUACUGUUCAUUCUAAUAAGAGUACUACUUUGGAGGAACUACGUCCUGUGUUCCUGCACCACUGUACCGUAAUGCCACAACUCAUUGAUGUAUCCCGGUUUUCUAACUGGAAUCGGCUGUUAAGAGCUACUGCAUACGUGCAUCGUGCAAUUAGUAUUCUGCAAAAGAAGUUAACCUACAACGAAAGAUGUUCAGUAUUGCAUACACGUGAAAUUCAAGCAGCUGAAAGUACGCUAUUACGACAAGCGCAGGCUCAAAUCUAUACCGACGAAUUGGCUAUAAUGAUGAAUGACGGGACAAUUAGUAAAUCUAGUCCCUUUAUCGUUUGA